AUGCUGGAGAAGAGCGUUGCGACGCCUUUGGAGUCGACAGUAUUGUCUCCAACAAACAAUGAGGUUUCAUUUCAUCAAGAGCGUAAGAAAAUUGCAGAGCAAACGCGUUCAAAUAUUGAAAAAUUCGUUGAUGGGCUCAUGAGUGAACAAUAUACAUUGGCACAGUUGCUAAAUAAAAGUUUUACACUCGAGAUGUUAGAAUUGCUCUUUAAGCGUAUGACAAAUCGUUUACGUGGCAUUUUGUUCUCGAGAGAAAAGACGUUGGAGCUUAUUCGUUUGGCACUUGAUGUUUCUUAUCCAUCCCAUACACGCGCUCUCGCAGCGCAAUUUAUUGUCUUGGGUGACGCUGUAAAUGCCAUUGCAACGUGUGAACCCGAUGAACCACAUCAAUGUGCCGAAUUUUGGGACUCAAUCUUUGAUACAUUACAGCGAGAAGCAGACGGUGUCUCGUCCAAGUGCGGUACGCCAUUGCGACGCAAAGAACGCCUUGCAUCGGUAGCAGAGAUGGAGGAAAUUAUCCAAGUGGCUGUGCAAGUAUUUGAAAAGGACGGUGCACAGACACUUCAGCAAAGUUUUGCCGAUCACAAGGAAGAGCAUAACGUGACUGACGAAGCGGUAGUGGACGCAAAGCAACGGAGAAAAUCAUCUUCACUUGGGACAGAGACAGACGUUGCCAAGGCUCGGACCAUUGUGUCACCAUUGCAGUCGCCUGCAAAUGAACAAACACAGCUGCUUGCGGUGGAAAAGAGCGGAGACAAAGUGGUGAUGAGGGACAGUGCUGAGAUCUCGGGCGUGACGGAAAAUGAAGAAGAUUCGGACUCAGACGAACCUGACGACACGGGCAUCCCGGCCCCACUUACGACUGAAGUGAACGAGACGGCCAUGUAUGGCAUUUUUAGCCACGACUCGGCCAAUUUUGCGUCGCAGAUCUUGCGCUACUUUGCCAUUCGAGGGCAAAAAGGUGCCUGCAUUUUGCACUUUUUAGCCGACCACCCCGCAACGGUCGACAUGCUUUUGGCUAAUGUCGGCCACGAUGACAUCUGCACGCUGCUCCUGCACCUCAUCUACGCGGAGCACUCAGAAGCGGCCAUCACAUCGCUUUUUGAAACUCACAUGAUGCAGAAGUUGAUUCAAAAACAAGUAACAUUUUCCCCGCCACGCAACGCCUUUGAGCGAGACGGCAUUGAAAAUACUUUCCUCUUGUUGCGUGAGAUCGUGCACGCGCCGUAUUUGACAGGACGCGGCGUAGCUAUCUCAGCCAAGACCAUCCCAGUGGACAACGUCACUGGUCAGGACGAGUACGUGUCAAUCUGCGGCGCCUCGCGUGAGACCGCUAACUCUGUGUUGCGAAAGUACACGUCGCGCAAGGUGCGACGUCUCAUUCACUUGUUUAUGCAGGAACACCAGGCAGCACUCGAGUUGCUUUUCGUGCAAAUGAUAAAGGAGUUAACGUUCUGGAGUACACCGCUGACAAGUGAGCGACAUGGUAACGCAGCUUCACCUGAUCCACUAAUGCUGCUGUCGCAGGGCCACCCACGCCCGACGUGUAUUACAAUGCUCAUGCACCUAUUUGAGUUGACUGAAACGGUGGAAUUUACGGAUACUCGGAACACAGGCGGUAGUUCGGCAGCAUCAGUGGGCAUUGACUGCCUUAACUUUUUGUGCUCCACGCAUUUGAUGCGUCAGGGAAAUUUGCUGGUAAGAAAGAUACUGAAGAAUGAACUUCAGCAGUGCCACGUGAGUUUAAAUUGCAUGAUGGGACUCCGAAUGACACUAGUGCGAGAAGAUCAAUCAGGCUCACUGUCCAGUCUGGAUAAAGCAUUUGCUCCAAAGUUAGGCAAUCAGGUCGUAAUUACGUUGGACGAAAUGGAGAACGUGCAAAGCUCAAACUGGCACAAGUUUGGCUUUAGUUUGACUGUGAAGAAAAAGGUAAUUGAUACCAGCAAGAGUUCAGCAGCAUCGCACCAUGCAGUUGGACCUUCUAUGAACGCGAUAGUGGAUAAUCACCAGCGCCGUAAUGGGUCUACAAUGACGGAGAUGAAGUCUGUCGAAUACUUUGCAGCGUCAUCUGAGGAAGAGAAGCAGGCGUGGAUCACGUUGUUGCAGGCGGUAAUUGAUGGCGAUCUGAACGAGUUAGAAAUCUUCUGCAGUGAUGACUGGCGCAGCAACGUGCGCGAGUAUCGUCGUCUUCGUGAAUGUUUAAUUACGUGUAUGGAGCGCAAAGGACACGAGCUCAUGGUUUUUUUGAAGCAGGUCAUUACUACCAAUACCCGCAGGGCGUCGGGUUUCCAUUUAUGGUCCGUUGUAAAGUGCCUGAACUCCGUGUUGUCAAAUGAGUCGAAGCGUCUUGAUCGAAUGUUUGUUGGUGCUCAUGUAAUCACCACGCUCAUUACAUGCUACGACAAAUAUCCGAUGUGGAAUUUGCUGCUUGGUGAAAUCACUAAGAUGCUUGUGUUUUGCAUUGGCGAUUUCAAGAGCAAACGCUCGUGCCGAUGCCCGAUUAUCGGCCGUAUCCUACAGACAGAGGGUCCAGACGCAAAAUUGGCGCCACUACUCUGCAAGGUGUAUCUAAAUGAAGAUCCAGUUGAUAGCAAUGGGAAACAAAAGCAUAAUAUCAUGGCGGGUACAGAUGCAUUCUCUAACCUAAAGCUUAUUAUGGAGGCUCUUAAGAUGUGCUAUAAUGAUCCAAAAACGAGGAGCCAAGAACGUAUUCAGUGCGAUAUGAAGAUCAAUCCGGUAUGGCGGAAAUUAGUUCAUGCAUCGGAAGAACUGGCGAAGAAGGACCCUUUUAGCUGUAUCUUGACGGUUGGACUACUCCCUACGCUAUCCUCUGCAGAUGAUACAAACUCGACGGCCUUGCCAUUUGGAGCUGCUGUACCUACACACCCCACUUUUCAGGAAGAUAUCAUUAAUCAGAUUAGCCGACCGAGCUAUUCUACCGCUCAUGGCUUUGGCUCCUCAUUCUUAGAGGGCGACGGAUGUGUGUUAGGGUAUCUAUUUAAAGAGCGCCAGGGCGGACGUGAGUGGAAUAAAGCGCUCGUUGUGUACGAAUACGUCUCACACAAGCUGUGGUACUUUUACCCGAGCGAAGUGGAUGAAACGCAUGUGAUUAAGUGGAAAUGGAUUGUACCGUUGUCUGUACGCAGCCGGUACACACACGGUCAGGAUGAAACUCACACGUCAGUGGGCCAUCAUGGUUUAUAUAUAACGGCAUACGAUCACCAGCAAAGUGACGGGGACAGCAACGUUUCAGCUAAGGAGAUGCAUUUCAGUGUAACUAAACUCGAGGAUCGAGAUUUGUGGAAGGACUUACUGUCAAACGCAGCUGACACAAUUCAGAAGAUGUCCCGCGAUUAUUCAGUGCUGUCGCAGAAACUUAAGAAACCCGACAAAAAGACUGUUACUCACUGCCAAGACCCAACUUGCAACACGCUGUUCAAGCUCUUCCGUCGUCCGCACUCGUGCAAGCGCUGCGGAAAAUGGAUGUGUGCCAAGUGCACGUCGCAACGCAUGUCGAUUCCGGAGGUAGGCUUGCUGCAUCCUGUCCGACAUUGUCGUGCGUGUUUUGAAGCUCAUGGAGGUGCACAUGCCGAGGUCGAACCUUUUAACCUGUUCCAUCUUGCGUCACGAAACAGCAGCAGUGCAAACGGAGCUGGUGGAAAAGUGACGGCAGCGGGGAUACAAAAUGGCACGUUGUCUAACGCUGAGUUGUACGAGCUGGCGCACGGUACGGUUUCUCCGCGCACAUUAAUGCAGAUAAAUCGCCGCUUGGCUCGAUUAAGCUCAAUGGAGUCGCCCACAGCGGUCACGAACGGUGGCGGCUUCCACGUUGACGAGAUUGAUGCACCAGGUAACCUUGGAGCCGAAAAUUUCGCCAGUUUUGCCGACGAGGAGGACGACUUUUCUUUAUUUUCGCCAUCCUUGUCACGCCGCAGUCUGCUGAAUCCUCGAGAAGAUAUUCGUGGCUAG